AUGUUUAACCUCAGCCCCUUAAACAAACCAACCCGAAAAAGGGGCAAAAACUUUGCCGUCUCCGAAGAGAUCAUACUGUUGGAGCUGAUCCAAUCUUAUAAGCACAUCAUCGACAACAAGUCUUCCGAUGCGGUCACUUGCCAGUUGAAAAAGGACACCUGGGAGAAGUUGGCUCACCAGUUCUCCAACAAAACUGGGUCCAAGCGCACCUGGAGAACCCUUAAGGACAAGUACAAGAACAUGAACACUAAAUUCAAGACCGAGGGCUCAAUGAUUCCACGCUUCUUCACGGCGGAAGAGUUUGAACCAGCCACCAAUUGUGUAUCCGUGGUGUAUGAUAAUAUUGCUGGACAUGAGUCUGAUCCUGACAAAUCGCUGGAUAAUGAACAACAGGAUUAUGAAGUCGACAGUAUUAAAAGUCCAAUAUUUCGAACGGAAUCAAACGAUAUGGAUCUGCCUCAGGAUGAAAAUCAAACGCCAGUCGAAUCUCAGUCUCCCCUUUCCCCCAACAAGAAAAAAUUACCAAGAAGAUUUAUUUUAAGUAAACGAAACAAAAUGAGAUCAUUGGCCGAUGAGAAAAUUGCCUUAAUUCGACUUCAACAGAGAUUCUUUUACAACGAAAAUGUCAGAUCUGCUGAGAAACAUCGCCUGGAGCUAAAGUCAAUUAAUCUGAAGAAUGAACUCAUGGAAUUAGAGCUGCAGGAAAAACGGAGGCGCAUUGAAACGGACGGAAAUUUAAUCAAGACAGACAGCUUAAGCUAACCACCGUUUAAAAAAAAAGA